AUGGAAUUAAUUACAGUUAUAGUCUAUCUCAAGCGUCAUGUUCAGAAACAAAGACGUGAAACGAUUGUAACUUUUGUCAGAGUUCAUAAUGUGCAAUAUAAUAUUUUCAUGUUUAGGAUGGAAAUCACUGUAUAAACAGAACGGACUGUUUAGCAUAGGUUGGUGACUUUACCCUAUAAAAGUGUAUAGGUAUUUGUUGUGGGACACCAUCAAUCCACGUGGUCCCUAUUUAAGAUUCAACAGGAGAGAUCUAUGAAGUGGGAUGUACACUCAAAAUUCUAAAUCACUAUUACACAUUUAUGUUGAUCUGAACUGUGAUCACUGUAAAGAAGUAAAUCUGAAUGUGUUGCCGUGCACUAAACAUUGAAACAUAGAUUGUGAUGGGAGAUAAGACUCAAGUAACUAUUUAAAGAAAGUCUCCAAGCACCAUGAUCACAACAGCUUACUGUAGUGGUUAUGGUGCCAGGAGUACCCCCCAUUUUAACUAGUCAAACUGUUUUAGAAUGUUUUGACUCUUUACUUGGGGACCGGUGGUUGCUUCUCUCCAAUGCUUUCUCCAAUGCUGACAACGAAAAGGAAGAUUCAGUUAGCUCUCUUGAGCUAAGACCUAUUCUGACAGUGUCAGCUGAUCACUCUCAGCCAAUCAGCUAAGCCCUGCACUGCAAAUACAGAGAGCUUCUAGCUAUUCAUUGACAGUAGGGCAGACCACAGGUAAGAAGUAUUUUCAGGGCAUUCGUUGCACCAUAACCGCUUUGGGGAUCUGCACUUGUCAUGGUGUUUGGGGUUUUCUUUCAAACAUAUGUGAUUUUUGUACCCAAGACAUCAAACUACAGAAAUGGAACAUCAUUAUGGAGAGUGAGUGACCAUCUCUAGGCUUUUCAGUUAUUCAAAGGACCCCAAUAACUUGUAAUGUUAACCUUCUGCAUGUGAUAUCAGUGCCUUGUAAACAUAAACUGGCACUGUAUUCAUUUCAGUUCACAGCCAUUUACAUAGUGUGUACUGUAGCUACAAUCAUACUCAGCCAGACAGAGAAGAAGAUUUUGAAAAAGCGAAGAAUUUAUCCUCUAAAUAUAUAAAGUUUGGCCUGAAUAUGGUGAGUGUGUUGUAUAUGUAGAAUGUUAAAUAAUCCAGUAUAUUUUUUUAAGGUUUGUGUUCUUCUGCCCUCUAGUGCCAUUGUAAGAAGAUUGCAAAGAAUAUCCCUUAAAAAAUUGUUUUGUUGUUAAUACAGAUGAAUUACAGUUCAAGAGAUGCUACAGGAAACAUAUUUUAAUUAGCAGAAUAUUUUGGUAGAGACUUAGAUUCUCAAAAUAUAGUAGAUUAUGAAUUUUAAUAUGGUAACAAAAAUGUUUUACAACUCUAUCUGAUGCAUAAACCUCACAAGAGCGGGCUUAGGGUAAACAUAUAUAUUUUAAUCAUUCAAAGCAAGUGACUUACCCUAUACUGAAAUGGAAUGAAGGAGAAUCUCUGUCUACAUUGGGUACAAUCAGGAACAAUUCUAGGAGACAACAAGACAAGGGACUUCAGCCCGUGGGAAAAUUAUAUGGCCUUUCCCAAAUAUAUUGACUUAAGCCCUCUUAAAACCAUCUCUAUACAAGGCGCUAAACCCAACCCUAAACUCUGUGUUCUAUACAUUACACUGUGAUACCAAAUAUUUGAUUAAAUUCAGAGUAUUAAAAAAAUGGCUAAUGAGGCCCACUUAAUGAACAUAGAAUUAUAGGAAAAAUUAUAGCACAUAGUUACACAGCUACAUAGUAAUAUAGGAUGAAAGAGAGACUCAAGCCUCUCGGGUUCAAACUUUCAUCAACCUGUAUUUCUGUCAUUGAAUUAAAAGGACACUCUAGAGAAUUGGUGUGUUGGGGUGUCGCUAUGCUGAAUUCAGGCAACCAAGCUAUGCUCUUUUUACGGCGUGGGGUGGUGAUGGUGCGGUCAGCGCUCGUCUGAGUAGAUUUGGAGUAGGCUACUCAAAGUGGUCUAGUUUCAGCCUAGGCUGAAUAUUCAAGUUAUGCAACUUGCAAAUGUGCUUCCUGUUUACCAAGCAACUCAUUUACCAAGCAACAAAGUUUCCUCAUUAUCUUCUAGGUCAAGCAUGUCAGACUCACGGCCCGCAUGCGAGUACAUGCCUAGUGUAAAAGCAGAGUAGGCACCUGCUCGCCCCACAUUGCAGGUGGCUUCUCUGCUAUCAGUUACCUGGCCGGAGGAGAGGGAGCAGGACACGGGCGGCAGCGAGGGAGCUCAGUGUUCCUGCUCCUCACUGCUCCCUCGUGCAGUCUGUAGUGAUGCCGGGCGCCGGAAUAUGAUGUCAUAUUCUGGCACCCAGCAUCACUAAACUGCACGCGAGGGAGAGGUGAGGAGCAGGAACACUGAGCUCCAGAUAGAAGAUCCCACUGGACCCCAGGGAAUGAUGUGAGUGAGUAUGUCUGUGUCUGUCUGUCAGUGUGUGUGUCUGUCAGUGAGUGUGUCUGCCAGUGAGUGUGUGUGUCUGUCAGUGAGUGUUUGUGUAUGUCAGUGAGUGUGUCUGUCAGUGAGUGUGUGCGUCUGUCAGUGAGUGUGUAUGUCAGUGAGUGUAUCUGUCAGUGAGUGUGUGUGUGUGUCUGUAUGUGUGUGUGUCUGUCAGUGAGUGUGUCUGUCAGUGAGUUUGUCAGAGAGUAUGUUUGUGUCUGUGUGUCUCUGUCAGUGUGUGUGUCUCUGUCAGUGAGUGUCAGUGUGUGUCUGUCAGUGAGUGUGUGUGUCUGUCACUGAGUGUGUGUUGGUCAGUGUUUUGAUGGCCGCGGCUGGACAGUGGAGUACCUGGAGGUGCACGGAGGCACGCCACGUCACAUUCCGACGUGAAGUCGACGUGCUCCACCUUCACAGGGUUUCAAGAAGUAGCGUGAGGAUCUGCUUUGGCACAGGGUGCGGACAGUGCCUUUUGGGGAAUACCAGAGGCUGGACUCCAGAGUCGCAUACUGGCAGCGGCAAUGUAAGUGAAGUCUGUUUGUUGGCUGGAGGGGGUGCUGGGAUUUAGGAUACGGGUAGGACUGGGAUUUAGUAUAGGGGGAGGACUGGGAUUUAGUAUAGGGUGAGGACUGGGAUUUAGUAUAGGGGGGACUGGGAUUUAGUAGGGGGGACUGGGAUUUAGUAUAUGGGGGGACUGGGAUUUAGUAUAGAGGGGGAGGACUGGGAUUUAGUAUAGGGGGAGGACUGGGAUUUAGUAUAGGGGGAGGACUGGGAUUUAGUAUAGGGAGAGGACUGGGAUUUAGUAUAUGGGGGGACUGGGAUUUAGUAUAGAGGGAGGACUGGGAUUUAGUAUAUGGAGAGGACUGGGAUUUAGUAUUUUAUUUUAUUUUAUUUUAUUUUAUUCUAUUUUUUCUGCGUGUUGACUACUAUUGCCCAGUAAUACAAAUGCUGAGUCUAGUCAUUAAAUGGUUAGCAACUAGCAUUCCUAACGUGGCUGCUGGUACUAUUUAUAUGCUGCUAUUAACCAUGUGCAAACUCUUUUAUUCAACAAAAUGAGAUGUCCCUCUGUGCACCAGAUGUAAAAGUUAUAUUUUUAUGCAGCUAGAUACUGUACAUAAUUCUCGUCUGUAAUUUGCUACUAUCUUAAUUAUUAUUUUAUUAUUUAUAUAGCACCAUCAGAUUCCGUAGCGCUGUACAAUGGGUGGACUAACAGACACGUAAUUGUAACCAGACAACUGGACGUACAGGAACAGAGAAGUGGAGGGCCCAGCUCAAUAAACUUACAUUCUAGAGCUUAAUAAAAAAUGAAAUUGCAAAAAAAGCACACUCUAGUCACCACAACCACUACAGCUUAAGGUUGUGGUUCUGUGUCAAAGUCAGAGCCUCUCCCUGCAGGCUGAACAGUGUAAUUGCUGCUUUUUCUAUGAAAAGACAGUGUUUAAAUUGCUGUCUAAUAUCACCUUUAGUGUCUGUCACUUGGACAGCCACUAAAGUGACUUCCUGAUUGUCCUUUUGCAAAGAUUGCAGGUCCAAUGUUCAGCGUCUCGACUAAGUCAAUGCAUUUCUGUGAGGAGAUGCUGAUUGGAGCAGAGCUUAAAUUGUAGCGCAUGUUUACUAUCCUCUCAAUGGUUUUCUAUAGGGAAGCAUCGGCCAGCAGAGGUCAUCAGUAUUGAUGAUCUCAGCCAGUGGGGGAAGGGCGGUCGCAGUGAGACUGGUGCACCGGGGUACGUAAGGUAAGUACAGCGCUUUUGUGACAGACCACUCUGUCCUUGGAUUUUAUACUUUGUUUCUUAUUUCGUCUGUUUGUGCAGUAAUCCUAAUUUUACCUAUGAAUGCCCUGUGACUAUACCCCCUUUAAUGUUGAGAGACCCUAUUUUUGACUCUUGGACUUUCGAAGUGGCACUUCGACUACAGUCAAAGUGUCGAAGUGGCCGACAUUCGAACACGUGGCGGCGUCCAUCUUAUUUGGUCGAACGUGUUCAGCUGUGUUUUGUCAUUGAGUUCAUAGAACUCAAAUUGGACAUGCAAUGGCACGAACACCGCUGAAAAGUUACCUUCCAUGAAACUUCGACAAUUCGAACGGGAGUCGAACGGCGUUCGGUGAGUGGAAGCCCACAAAUAAGUGACACACAUUGACUAUGUCCAUUCACUAUUUCGUUCAGUAAGUCGAACGGUACUUCGACAGUUGGAAAUAUACCGGCCGCACAGCCUAAUUCUCUGGAACUGUUUUGGGCAUGAAGCCAUGUGUCCAGUUGGUCAAAAUGGGACUUCCACAAAAUUCCUGAACCCCUGCUCUGAUCUGAGUGAUUUUUUUAUAUGUUGUUCACCCAGAUCAAGGCUAUCAGGGGAUAUGACAUUUAUGGGAAUAUGUUGUAUUUUUGGGUACUUGUGCUAUUUUAUAAAAAUGUAUGUUUUUUCUGCCUAGAGUUAAUUAAGUUAGUACAUUAUCUGCCUUAAUUGUAUCACCGGCAGAGGGGAGGGAUUGUGUACUAUAUGUGGGAGUGUCAUUUAUUAUUACAUUGGUUUUAUUGGUUGGCAUGCUUUGUGUCCUGUGCCCAACAAGGUCCACUUGGGUGUCAACCUUGUUGGGAAACUUGUAUAAAAGGCCAGUGUGCCUCCAUUAAACCUUCAGUUCCUGAUUUACCCUCAACACAGAGCCUCGUCUCGUGCUUGUAGGGAAAAGCUAUACCUGCUAUAAUCCCUGCUCUUGGGAUUGCUUGUUGGAGUAUUAUAAUCACUAGCUUUUUUAAGAGCUUUUCCUGCUCUGCUCUACAGACUCCCUCUCACAACAGGGGAGAAAGGACAUCUCUUGGCAGCAAAAACCCCUCACUCUAUCGGGGUGCCGCUACAACUUUAAAAAAAAAAUUAAUUAGGGGGCUGCCCUGAAUCUAUAUAGUUAUCAGAGGCAUAACUAGAAACCACGGGGCCCUGGAGUGAGAAUUGCCCUUUGGCCCCCCAUACAUCGUCCCUCGACAUCCCAGCCCCACAAUUUGUCACAUUCACCCCCCCCAGCCGCUCCAUGUGUUUCACUCACGCCCCACAGAGUGAGUGUGGCAUGGUUGGGGGGGGGGAUGAGUAUGACAGAAUUGGAGGGGUUCAAGUGAUAGUGUGAAAGGGGGCAAGUGUGACAGAGUGAUGGAGAAUGAGAAUGAGUGUGGCAGUGCUAGAGAAGGUGAGUGUGAAAGGGUGAAUAUGGCAGAGGGAUGGGAGGUGAGUAUGACAUGGUUGAGUGACAGGAUUUGGGGAGUUAUUGUGAGUGUGGCAGGGUGAAGGGGGUGACAGUGUGUUUGGUGGGAUGACAGUUACACAGACACACAUGCAGAUAAACAGACAAACAUACACUGACAGACAUGCAGAAACACACCAUAUAACACAUACAGAUACAUACACGGACACACAUGCUGAUACACAGACGCACAGAUACACACACUGGCACACAUGCAAAUACAUAGAUACACAAACUAAAACACAGAUACAGAGACACAUAUAUACACACAGACACACAUACAGACAUAAUGACACACAUGCAGAUACACAGACACUUAAUGACAAAUAUUCAGAUACACAGAAUGACACUCAUACAGAUACAAACAGUGACACACAUACAGAUACAAAGGGCAGACACUGACAUACAGAUACACAGACAUACAGAUACACAUAAAGACACACAUGCAGACAAACAGAUACACAUGCAGACACACAUACAGAGAUGCACACAGACACACACAUACAUACAGACACACACAUACACACACACACACAUACAUUCAUACACAAACACACACACGUGCAAAAUAUUUUAGUCACCCUCUUGUUCCCUACCGUUUAGGUGCAGGAAGGUGACUUCCCUGGGGUCCAGUGGCUGGCUCCAGCUGAUGGGAGUCAGAGUUCCCACUCUGACUCCCUACCCUCCUUCCUCCUCCUGCGCAGGUCUUCGCGAUAGCUGAGAGGAAGUCAGUGGGGCUUUAAUUUCCUCCCAGCAUCUGACAUCAUCACAGGGGACCCGGUCAUGCUGUUAAAGCGCCGUAGCACCGACUGGGCACCCUGGAAAUUCAUUGCCAUCGGGUGGCCCUAACAGCAUGGGCCAUCAAAUGGGCCCCUGAGCGCGCGGACCCCUGCGGUUAUACUGUGCAUGCCAGGGUCGCGUUACAUGGGGUCCACAGGGCCGCCGAGCCCCCUGGAGUGACAGGCCUGGUCGUACCUGCCACCCCUGUAGUCAGAGUAGUUCCGCCACUGUAUAUUACUCUAGUGUUAUGAAUAGUAUAUUAUUAAUAUAUUAGAUAGUAUAUUACUCUAGUGUUAUGAAUACAUGUUUUAAAAAUGAUUCCUAGUUAUACUAAAAAGAGGGGAAAUCCUUUUCAACCCUGAUAAGCAGAUGUUUUGCUUUCAUGCUGCAAAUAUCAUGCAUAUUACCCGAACUGCAUGUUUUGAUAACAAAUAUCCAAACCUUUUUUAAAGUUAUCAGCUGAAUCAAUUAAACAAUCUCUCUAUUAUAAGGGCUAUUUUAUCAUUCUAUGGACCUAGAAAACAUCAAUACAUAUUAUACAUUUAAAGGGGAAAAACAGAGUUACAUAGCAUAGACUAAAUUGUAUAACACUCAAAUAAAAUGUCAUAAUUUAAUUUUGAGAACUAUUUUAAGACAAAGUCUUUUAUCUGGUUGCUACCAACUUGCAAUCACUAACUGUGCAAUGCUCAGUGAUAUUAUAGUGAGAGACACACCAGGUGUACACAGUUCCUAAGUAUUUGUUUUAUCUUCUAUUAAUAAUGUGGCUUCCCAUCAAUGGAUGUCCCCAUACUAGUAAAUGGUUUGAUUAAGUCAAGUUUGUGAUAGCAGCAAUAUAAUAUCUCCAGGACACCUUUAAAUGGGCUGCCUGGCAAAUGCCACUGUCUUCCAUGCUCUGUACAGGCUCACACUGAUAUUUCUAUUUUAAGAUGUGAUUGUUGACAUACAAAACUCCGCACAAUCAGAGACCCAUUUAUCUGAAGGAGCUCCCAUGCCCUACAUUCCAGCUCAUUAGCUCAGAUCUGCAGGUGGAUGACUCCUACAGAUUCCCACAAGUCGUCUGUCUGUUUUUGGGUCAAUCAUUAACCUUGUACAGUCAUAACUUUACAAAUCUUGCUGCUCAGCUCAACAAGCAAUUCACUUUUUUAAGAAAAACAGGGAAAAAUGUAAGAAAUAAUUCUCCUAACCAGUGCCUUCACCUUAUUGGAAUCUACAGUACUUUAAAAUAUUUCUCCUUACUUUGGAUAGUCUGUAUGACAUAAAACACAUCAUCAAUAGCUAGAUAAUUAUUAUGGCAUAUUACCUUAAGUUUUAGCUAGACAACACGUUAGCUAAUAGUAAAGUGCCACUGUCACCCCCACCCCAUAAAAAGAGUAUUUCCUAACAAUAGAAUCUUUAUGAAAUACUCAUAUUGACUGUGUUUAACUGUGAUUGAGUUUCACUGAAAUUCCAACCCAGUCAAGAGAUAUGUUAAGUCAAAUUAGGGACAAUUUUGCCACUGUCUAUUUCCUGCACCUGACACUUCUAGACACUGGGCGGAGCUACUGCAGUCUAGAAGUGUCGAUCCUCAUAGCCGUUACCAGAGAUGGCUGCUGGGAAUUGGCUUUAUCUAUGGAGGAUCCCACGGUUUUGCACAGUUAACCCCUAAAGCACUACAGCAAGCAGAAGAACUUUAGGAGCCUGAAGUGUCAAAUUAAAAAAACAUGUUUAUACUGUAAAUGCAUAGUGGUUAUUACAGAGUGCUGAAUUAACAGGACUAUGGAAAGAAUACAGUUUGAACACAAACAAUAAAAUAGAAUUUUGUGUUUAUGACUCUGUACGGCAUAUCCUGGCAUUGUAAUCUCCACAAUUGUUUGCUAAACGUUCGUGAAUGAUACAACUCAGCCUGAAGAAGUCGAGACACCUGUACUGGAACAGAAAUGAGUUAACAUGCUAUCAAUGUCGGGAUGGAGCGGAGCAGAAUUUAUUUUUAAUGCACGCCGAAGUUAUUUGAGGAAUCUAAGAUUUUUCAUUACAAUUGUUUUAAAACAAAUAGUUGCUCCAGGGUUUUAGAAUUGCUACAGAAAAAACAAUCAGAUUGGAAACAUCAAAGACACAAAACACUGCAUCAGUCACAGCAUGGGCCGAAAUAAAUCAUUAUUUCACUGUUCUCAUUGUCUUCUCCGUCAUCUAACUGGCUAUGCAAUUGAAGAGAAUUAUUUUGUGACAAGAGAGUCCUGAGGCUCAACAAAUACUGUUCAUUACAGUAUGCAUGCCUGGUAAAAAAAAUUUUUAAAAAGUCUCUAAGGAAUUGUAAAUUUAGAUAUUUAGCAAUUCACGAGAAAUAUUAUUCAUUACUGAUGUAACAAAAAUAUGGCAAUAAUAUACCACAAUCGAGAAAAAUACAUGACAAUUAAAUGUAGCAUUGUCUCAUAAAUAUUCCCAAUAUUUUACUUUUUUUUUCUUUUUUAUUAUUUCAUCUUUAUUAAGAACUUAUGCACAUAGAGUACAGAAACAAAGAUUGACAUUAAUAUAAAUACAUAUAUUUUUAGCAGCAAUCAAAAUACAUCAGAAUAAUUUUCUAAUUUAAUCACCAGUCAUUCCAACUUUAUUCAUUCUUCAUACAUCAUUCAUUCUGGCGUGGGGUAGGAAGGUGAUGGACCAAGAUUUGUCCUUAAAGUCAAUUAAACAUAUAAUUCCCAAUAAAGGAUUGUAUUUAAAGUUUCUAAAUCAUAUUAGUAAAGAAAAUGAUAACAAUUUUUCCCAUAUUCUUUUAUAUGGAUUCAGUUGGUUAUUUAUCAAGUAAAAACCUUUCUCCAUAGAGCAAGGUGAUUUAUUUGAGAUGUUAUUUCGUACCAGUUUUGAUACCCUUGCUUUUUCCAAUUUCUGGCGAUGCAUAUUUUUGCUGCCAGCAUAAUAUAAAUCAUUAAAUUAGAUAAGGGUUUAUCCAUUUUGGGAAGGUCUAAGUGAAGAAGAAAAAGCUGCGGAGACAGUAGUAUCUCUUUAAAAAAUAAGUCUUUUUAGGUUGUUUCUCAUAAUGUCUAACCAGUCCCACCAAAUAUUUAGAUGGGAUCCCUUUGCUUUGCUACAUCUCCAGCAUUGGUCAGAGUGAUCAAUAUACAUCUUAUUCAAUUUAGUUGGAACCAUGUACCACCAUGUAUAAUACUUUGUAGUAUGUCUCAAUCAGAUUUACACAGUGUAUACCCUUUUUGACCUGUUUGAUACCCUGUUUCCAAGUGUGUAACGCAAACGUUUUCUUAAAAUCUAGCUCCAAUUUCAAUAUUGGAGACUCUUUCACAAAGGUAUCAUUGAUACUGAGGAAUUUAAGUGAGCGAGAUAUGAAUCUCUAGGAAAUCAAUGAUAUCAUUAUGAUCUAGAAUUUGUUCCUUUACCUCUUCUCUUCCCUCCUUUAUCCCUCCUUCAUCGCACUUAGUUCCAUUUUAUCAGGUAAUACCUAUACACUCCUAAAUCUUAUAACAAUGAAACCUUAGAGGAAUUAUCCCGAAGGCAUCUACGAGUACUGUUCUUGGUAUUCAAAUGUCAAGGCAUUAGCAGCGUGGUAUCAUACCAGGAAGAACUCACAGACAAAUCCUGCUUGCACCUACCAAUAUCUUUGGCGUAUGUCAAUACAUUCAGAGCUCAAAGCUUGCGGCUCCUGGUGCAGGUCCGCCACACCUCUCAGCCUCCGCGCCGUCCUCAAUCAGGAGUGGGUCGGAACUCUCAGAGCACUUGAUCCGCAACUGCUGUGCCAUGCUACCUAUCAAGUUAGGUGAGACUCUUGGCUCCUCCGUCAGUAAUCAUCUGAAUGGUGUGGACCGUGCUUCGGUGUGGACCGUGCACUAUGCUUCGGCAUGCUUCGAAACAGCUUCACUCCCCUCCCUGCUCCUACGCACCGACAUCGUGUGUCAUACGUAUAUGCUCCUACAUCAUUGAUAAUUCUAUUUUUGAAUACUAUGACAUUGUUUUUAAUUUUGUAGUGAAUUACCACUUUUUAUUUAUUAGUUCUGCAGUUUUCUCCUGAUACUCCCCUUAUGGAUGGAGACUGAGUAACUAAUCAUAUCAAGACUUUCAGUAUUUUUUGAAUGCCCUGUUCUGAGUAUAGAACCUUCAGACAUGCCGUUUGUUCAAACCGUAUUUCUGAUGUCACUCAUUGGCUUUACAUGGGGUCAUCAGAUCCUGGGCUCUGUAAAGACAGACCUGUAUGUUGUCCUGAUUUCUAGGCCAAUGUAUCAAAUAAUUACAGCAAUACCAACACUAACAGAGGACACAGAAGAAGGAAGGGGAGCACUAAGUCAUUACCCUUAGUAUGGCAUCUACAGGUAACAGUGAAUUGGGGUCAACUCAUUGUCCUCACAAGGCACCGUCCCCAAAGAUUUAAGAUAUAGUACUGGUACUGCAUAGUUCCCCAAAUGACAAGACUCUUGGCUAUUACUGAGCACCAUUUUUAAAUGCUAAUGGAGGGAUUAUUGGAAACAGUGUCUCCAGCAAACCAAUGGUUAACCCCUAGGUGGCUUAAUUCCCACAAUAAAGAGAAGUUGACUAACAUUGGUAAGGAGAAAUGCAAUGCAGCCUCAAGGUGCCAAAACCAAUAAACAAGAAACACAAAGAAUCAGAGGCACUGUGGAAGGUAAAUAUUUGAAGGACAGGAUCCGCAAAUACAUGCUAAUUAAUUAAAUUAAAUGCUGCACUGUCACUGUCUGGGAAACUUGAAAAGACCCCCGAUGGUGACUUCUCUGCCAGGUGGCCAAGAAAGAUCAGUUCUACUACCUGAACCUGUCCUUUGCAGGUGACAACAGCUUUUUGCAGUGGGUCCUCUUCAGCUCCUGGAACUUCAGCGCUGGGAGCUGAUGUCACUCCUGUACUCUUGUGCAAGCUAAUUCCCAGCAGUCAUUGGUAGUUCCACUCAGUGUCUAGAAGUGUCAGGUGUAGGAAAUAUACUGAGUAUUCCCUACUUUGUCUGAGUAUCUCUCUUGACUGAGUUGGUGGGGGUUCUCAGUGCCACUUUUAUGUAAUUGCAUAAAUCUUUUAAUCACCUAUGUAGUGCUUUAUUUGAACAUUUUGUAUCUUUUUUAUAUUUUUUUUAUAGAUGUUAUUUAUAAAUUUAAUUUCAGAGAAUUUAUCACAUCUUUAAUUGUAGCUCACGCAUAUCAUUUUUGUUAACUUAUUUAAGUGGGAAAAUGUAAGUAAGAGUUUCAUGACAUGUUUUCAGCUUCAUUUUGACAAGAGUUUUAUGCUAAAACCUGUCAGCAAUGAUUGAUACCUGAUGUGUGAAUCGUUCUUUAAUUCUUUAAUAAAAGUGAUUUUAUAUAGGAAUAUUGCCAUCUAGUGUUUGCUACAUGUUAUCUCAGCAUCAUACACACCAUGCUAAUCCAAUACACUGUUGUAAUUUUUAUUUUAUUUAUUUUUUGGUAUGUACAUAUCUUCCAAAACUUUUAAUGUGGGACACCUGUCAAACUGUCUUGUGUUUUGUUUUUAUUUUCUCGUUGUCACUUUAGAGGACACAAAAAAAAAGUUCCAAAAAGUGCAGUGAGAGUAUGCCAUAAAAAAGGGCUUGCACGAUUAGAAUUCUCCUGCAGUACUCUGCGCAUGUGCCAGUCUAAUUUGCAUGACUGCCUGCUAAUACAAAACACACAUGUCACCAGGCUGGCGCACCACAGAGGAAACAUAAAUAGACAGGACUAUACAUAUAGAGUCUGAAUGGGGCAAAACCAUCAUACGGGGCUUCAAAAUCUGGACAUUGUUGAUCGGAUUCAACAAUGUCUAGAUUGUGUAAAUUAGGUCUGAAUUUGGUAGUCAGACACAUUCCUACUAUAAGUCCGUGCUCAAGUCUCAUUAACUUUAUCAUUGUGCAAGGGACUGAAAACAAAUUGCUUGAUCCAUGGGCAUGAAAACAGUAUUGGAUUAAACCCAUUGACUGCCGGUGACUGUAUGAUAUAUUUUGGAUGGUGGCUGAUACAGUCACCCAGGCCCGGACUGGCCAUUGGGCACAGAGGGCAAAUGCCCGGUGGGCCGCGGUGGCCAUGGGCCGAGGCCGGCAGGGGAGGUUCCAGGAUCUCCCCUGCCGGUCUAUGCAGGGCCGGCGCUAUCCGAGCGCGGCCCCACUGUUUUCCAUGGAGGGCCGGUGGGGAGAUCAGAGUUCAAAGUAGUAAUUAUUUGUUAGCAAUUUGUUUUACCUAGUUCAGUUCCUUAUUACUUUGCCCCAGUAAAAACUUUUCUAGCAUUUACUUGAGGAACAAUCGAGCACACUUUACUUCCAUCAUCACUUUUGCAUUGAGGUGAAUUCAUAGUUUCAUAAUGUCUUAGCCGCAUGCACAUGACGUCUAAGGGAGAAAUGCGGUACUCACACAUGUACGUUAGUCACUUUCUCCAGACAUGAGUUUAUACCUCCCAGCAUUGCUUCUCCUGAAAUUAGUAUGGGUGGGCAAAGUCUUGAGGGGCCAUCGCUAGUGAUGCAAACCACAUCACUUGCAACACCAACAAUGGGUGGGACCACCCAGAAAAUGAGCGGCCAAGUCCAAAAGGGGGUGGGUUAGCCCCAAAAAAAGGUGUGUGCCCACUACCUGACAGGCAGCCUGACCGGCCUCCAGCUAGUGCCAGCUUCUGCGUUAAAUUAUGCUUUUGCGCUGUGCUGUCCAGGAGCAGUUUUCUGUUGUCCCAAGUUGUAGGACACCAGGGAACUAAAGUGGGACGGCGGGAUGGCGGGACAGCCCCCUCAAGACUUUACAGUUAGGGGGCAUGGAGUUGUUUGUACAACAUGGCAAAGAUUGCAAAUGAAAAUAAAAGAAAAAAAUAAUUUUUUUUUUUUUUUUUUUUACAUUAGCACGACCUUAGCAUAACGUUCAGUUAGCUAAAAUUUAGUUUUGCUAAAAUUGAAGAAGUGACAAUGACAGCUCCUCUGGGUGAUGUUCUUUUCUAUGUCACAGAGAAAUGAAAUGUUUUAUGUUCUCCGACCCUGAUCUUUCCUUACGUGCAGAUUAUAUUUUCAGCAUAACAUUCUGCAUUGUAUCUGUAUCCUAUUCCAGGCAUCCUGCACUCAGGGAAUUUAAUAAGAAAAGGUGUUUUUAAUCUCGUAUUUUGUGUAAGAAUAACAUACUCUAUUAUAAUAAAAUCCCAGUCUGUUUCAGAAUCAUGUAUGCCAAGGAGACACAGUGAAUACAUUUUGUCACAAAGCAGAUUUAUUGCAUAAAAUACAUGCAAAUAGGACAUUUUAUUGCCGUACAGCUACAUGGAUAUUCUUUUCAUGAGUACGGUAAAAUGAUUUGUAUCACACUGAUGUAUUCUCGGGUGAUUUAGCCUGACAAAAGCCCGCUGUUUUAUGAAAUCGGAUACAUUCUUUUGUCCACAUUGGGCAAAGUGGGAUAAAUCUGUUUCACCACUGGGUGCCAUUCUUGCUCUACAGUAGAGGCAACAUCUGAAAAUACAGUGAGAAUCGAAGUAUAAUGUCUGUGUUUUAUUUUAUGUAGCAAGGUCUCCAGGAUCACAGACACAUUGGACGUUGUGCUUUAAAAGCAAUUAUGGUUCGGAGUUCUGAAAGUGAUGCACUCACCAUGGUAACCAGUGGAAUCCUGCAAACUGCAGCACUUUUAGAACUGUCUCAGAAUUGUUUGUUAUUCACACCUUUCAUUUCGAUCAUCAUAAUAAUACUUAUUAGUGUUCAUUAAUUAUUAUUUUUGUUUAUUAAUGCACAAAGGUAAUUGUUUAAUUUGGUUAAAGGUAAUUGUUUGGAGAGUAAUACUUGUAAAGAUGUAUUUGAUUUAUGCAAGAUUGUUGCAUGGCAAUGCAGGAAAUGGGAUUCUAAUAUAAAAACUACUAAGGUCCAAACAUGCCUCCAAAGCAAAAUUAUUGCAUAUUUUUAACCUACAUUUUCUAAUCCAAAAUGCCAUUUGGAUAUUCAAUAAAGUUCAUACGAAUGGAUGGUUGUCUGACAGUCACUGGAGUCGUGCUUUUUCAGCCAAUGUUUUACAUUGUUUAAAAAAGGGAUAACAUAUGUGUACCCAAGCGAUUUCAAUAGCCACACAAGUUCAAAUGCAGUGAUUUUGGUGCAUAGAGUGUCAUUUUUAAAGCAUCCAACAUACUGGUAACUGAAUUAUUCUCACUCUGUGCAUUUAAUCUAUAUUUUGCUGCAGAGCAUAUACUAUUAAGCCUUGUAGUGUAUACUGCGAGUGUUGAAAAUUGUAACUAUGUAUCUAUUGUAACUAUGUUCUCUAUCAUUUAAGGCAGCCAACAUCCCUUUGGUGACAGAGCUUUUCAUUGAUGCUAUGCAUUUUGACGAUUUCUCCCUUGAUGUCGAUGCCAUGAUUACAGCGGCCUUGCGGAUGUUUAUGGAAUUGGGCAUGGUUCAGAAAUUUAAAAUUGACUACGAGGUAAAGUUCUGCUAUGCUCUAAUACUGUAUGGUGUGACUCAACGGACACCCAUAAUGGGAUCUGCUAUAUAUAUAUCUCCAUGCAUUUGUUUCCUUCAUAUGAGAUUUUUAUUGACGUUUUCAUGCAUGUUACAACCACACGAACACAACAAGAGCAUCUACACAAUAUAAAAUGGACAUAAGACAAGUGUGUGUAAAAGCACGUAAGACGUAAUAAAAAUAAAAACAAAAUUAAGCAGCAGAAUUAACAAUUGUUCAGGGUGUACGAAUAUACAUCUGUUCAUUUUCAUAAUUCAUAUCCUCCUUUCUGUGUUUUAGACUUUGUGCAGAUGGCUUUUGACAGUAAGAAAGAAUUAUCGGAUGGUCCUGUACCAUAACUGGCGGCAUGCGUUUAAUGUUUGCCAGCUGAUGUUUGCCAUGUUAACUGUAAGUACCGGAUAUUCACUCCCUGCUUGAGAUUGUCAGUGCUAUAGUAAUGUUUCUGUAUCGCUGUUAUUACAGUAGUAUUUUGUUUGCAAUAUAAUGUACAAUAAAGAAAGUAAAAAACUAAUGCACACUUUCCAAAAUAGAAGUAAAAAAUGUCUUUGUGUUGCAAUAUCAAAGGUUACGAUACAAGUAACUCUCUUGCCUUGUUCUCCCCGGAUAUAAUCCUCAAUAGCUUCAGCGAUUUGCGAAAUUCUAUGCAAUAUGAUCCUAAUAACCCUGUCCAAACCUUGUGUUAUCACAUGGGAAAAAUAUGCAAAUACUUUUACAAUGAAUGCAUACAUGGCGAGAUUUACCAACUCAGCUAUUUUCCCAGUUUCACUGUUUUAGCCGAAAAUUUAAAAAAUCCAAUUGUCAAUUUUCAAAUGUUUCCAAUUUAGUAAAUCCAUAGAGUUCAAACUGUCCUUUGCAAAAGAUAGUCAGGGCAGCUAAAAAAUGAUGGUACUUAUUGCAUAAAAAUAUAUCAAAGUGAUACAUUUUGAGCAAUUUGUUACAAUGCAAUUGUAAAUUCCCCACAAUGCUCUGCUCGGUGAAUAAAUCCCAAAGUGAACUGAUAUCACUCUAAAUAUAGAAAAAAACAAUCAUUCAUAAAAUUAAAAUACAUACGAUAUGCUGCAAUGCAGUACUUUUUAUGAGGCUUUAUUAUGUUAUUCCACACAUUUUAUAGUUUUAAUAAAUAUAACCUACUAAAUUUUUUUUUUGAACACAACACAAAAAACCCCCCAAAAAAACACAGUUAAAAUUCUUUAAGAUCUUGUGUAGAGUAAAAAAGACUAUGUCUUGCAGGAGGGGAGCACGAUAAUUAAUCACUGUCUACACCACUAAUGCCGUGUGAUAACUCUAUCAAGGAUGUGUUAAGUCACAAUGUUGUCUUGGCACAUCACUUGCAGUUACAGAAGUUGCAUCAAUCAGCUAAUCUUUCUAAAAUGAGAUUAGCACUAUCCACCAACAGUGGAUUGCUUUUACAUGGUCUUUAAAAUGCUGUUGUGGUGUUAUGUCCCUAUGAUUUCUUUUUUUUUCUAGCAUAUUUAUAUAUUUUAUGUAUUUUUUUAUUUAAGGGAUUUUAUCGUUAUCAAUCUAUCUUUAUUUUUAUUUAUUUUUUCAGUGACCUGCUUAUAAACAUAUAAUUAUAUAAUAUAAGGGAUAAUUUUUCACGGUGUUCAAAACAUUUUUCAGCUACAGAUGAAGCAGUCAUAUUGAUAAAUUCACAUCUGACAUUAUCAUUUUAAAUAUCUAAUAAAGUCACUUUCUUAAACUUUGAUACCUUUGUAAAGACAUUUAUAUUGGUUGCCCAAUGGGUGUUAUCUAAUGUAAUAUACUUGGUUUGCCUAGUUAUGAACAGGGAUAGGACACACGUCCACUAAAUUAUCAUUCUGUUACAUCAGAAUGUAAUAGUUCAUUGCUACGGGGGAUACAUUACCCCUGCCAGUAUUGUUGGCAGUUAUUGCAAGUGUGAGCCUUGACCUCCUCCAGUUCCUGAUAUGAGCACCUGUCACAAAUUCACUAGAUUUUGUGUGACUAUGCAGACACUGAGCCAAAAAAAAACCCCACAAUGCAGGUACUGAAGGUGCAAAUGGGCCCUGUUGUGGGUAACUGUCCUUCAAAAAGAGCUGAACACCUGACUUUGAACAGACAAAUGUAGGAUAUGUUUCCUUUUUUAUUUAUGUUUGUCAGUUUUGUUACAUGAUACAGGGAUUUGAGAAAGCUGGUCAACAAACAAAAACUGGAAUAUCAAAAUUUAGGCAAGUGAAAAAAAAAUUGUCUAGAGAAAGGUGCAGGUCAGAAAUCAGAUACUCUAAUGUAAGUGACCGCUAUGUCAGGAUACAGGAGCAAAAUACCCCAAUACUCCGAUAAUAACUGCAUUGAAUCCAGACAAGUAUGUUGAUGCCUUGUAUUUGUGAGCAAAAGUGAUGCAGGACUUGCAACGACAGGUCAAACAGUGGGAGAUUAAAAAGUAUUUUAUGGACCCUCACUUUAGUUUUACAAGCAGUAGUAAUGUCACUAAUGUUCAUGCAGGUUCUAAUAUACUCAGGUGAAUAUUGGACAAAAUAUGCAAGAAUUGUUUACUUUAAUAACAAUACAUAGUCAAUCAUUUUGGACCAGCUGUGUGUAGGCAGAAAUCAGAGCCACAUGGUUAUCCAAUAGAAUAGCCACACAAGUUCAAGUUUAGAGGCAAAAUCAAACAAUACAUUUAGAAAUGAGCCAGAGGUCAGGGCUACAUGAAUCAGGAUCGACAGAAUAACAAAGCCUAUGCUUAGGAUAUAAGGAGUCCAGAAAACUAAACUUGCAAAACAUUCAAGAGCUAAUGUACAGAGCUGCUUAGAUUUGCUGAUUAGCAAAGAGAAUGCUUGGCUUAAACUGCAAAUUGGUGGCAUGGUGCCUUCAAGCACUUUCACAGUCAUAACAGAUCCAUCGAGUUCCAACACAGGUCAUAACAGAUCCAUUGCGUUCCAACACAGGUAAUUGGUAACCCAAGGUCAUGGUUGCACACAAUGAAAGACUGCAGUAAGUAGGUGAAUUGGAGCCAGACAUGUAGGUAGAUAACAUGCAGGUCUUCAUGUGCACUAAUUAUAAUUUAUUCAUAAAUUAUACUUUAUAUAUUAUAGUUAUAAUUAUAAUUAUAACUUAUAAUUAUAACUUUAUACUUCUAUAGAGAGAGAGAGUGUGAGGGAAGGGAGGAAACAUUUAAAUGCCCCUAUGAUGUGUAAGAUAUGGAUCUAAAGGAUCUAAAAAUCAGAAUUUGGAGAUUUAAGCUUAAGAGAACAAUGGUUAUAUUUAUUUUCCAUGCAUAAUGCUGAAAUUGCAUUUUUUAUCAUUUGCAGAAAAAAAUUGAGGAUUAGAAAACAUUGUUUUGAAUAAAGGCUAUCCACGUUCAUAAAUUAUGUCUUUUCCUGAACUCUGAAGUUAUGCUACAGGUCUCUCCAUGUGAUGUGUUUCCAUUUCAUCAUAUGCUAUAGGCUAUAUUUCCCCAAAGCAAGUAUUCAACACUAUAUUCCCUUAUUAUUAAAUUAGCAAUAUAUAUAUAUAUAUAUAUAUAUAUAUACAUAUAUAUAUAUAUAUAUAUAUAGUCCCAUACCUUAUCACAGUAAUAUAUAACUCCUUUUCAUUGUCUUAUUUCCUUGUACAUUUAACAUUGUGUAUUUUCACAUUACCCCAAGUGUGUUCAUAUAGCCCGAUAAACUUUGCUCCAGUAGUAACUCACAAAACUAUAGACAAACACAGACAACAUAGAAACAUAGAAACAUAGAAUGUGACGGCAGAUAAGAACCAUUCGGCCCAUCUAGUCUGCCCAAUUUUCUAAAUACUUUCAUUAGUCCCUACUCUUAUCUUAUAGUUAGGAUAGCCUUAUGCCUAUCCCACGCAUGCUUAAACUCCUUUACUGUGUUAACCUCUACCACUUCAGCUGGAAGGCUAUUCCAUGCAUCCACUACCCUCUCAGUAAAGUAAUACUUCCUGAUAUUAUUUUUAAACCUUUGUCCCUCUAAUUUAAGACUAUGUCCUCUUGUUGUGGUAGUUUUUCUUCUUUUCUUCUUUUUUCUUCUUUUUCAAACAGGGAGACCCACACACAAAAACACAUUCAGCAAGAGAAAUACUCGAAGGGAGAGACAUAUGCAGUGAGACAGAUACACACAUAGUUAGAUACACGUGCAGCAUGUAGGGAGAUACACACAUACAUAUACACACACAUGCAGUCACACACAGAUCACACACACACACACAAAAGCACAGAGAGCCACAGAGCUGAAAACAGGUACAUCUGCAGAUAUUCAAGAGCUAAGUUAGACAAACACAUCCAACACUUAAAACAAAUAAAUAGUGUGAUGGAAAAACACUUAUCUUAAUAGAUAGUGAUAGUAGUUUUCUCCAGGAAUGUGCCAGACUAUAUUCCUUUCUAUAUGGUACAGAAGCAGCAAAUGUAUUGGAGAAUAUGGAUGUAGAUCUACAAUUGAGAUAAGGAAACACAAAGGAAAUUGUUUCCUUAUCUCAUUUGUACAUCUACAGCCAUUCAAGAGCUAAGACCUAGGGGGAUGUAUAAAUUUACUUACCUGUCUCUCUAUGUCUAUUGCCCAUUAGCAUCUGUUCGAGAGUUUGCUAGUAGAUUUGUGGACUGGGCCUCUGCUUUAAUAAGUAUUGGCAUAUAUUUCUAACAAAAUUAAUAUGGAAGGGUGCCAAUUGUGUUACAUAUUAGGGUAUGUACUAUGCUAUGCUAGGCUGAACCUUUAACACUUGUGUAUUCACAUCAUUGGCAGUGAAUAGGUUAAUGCAUUUUUUGUUUGCUUUUAAAGAACGAUAAGGUAGCUUAUGUCAUAAGUUAGCCUAUUGGUCUAAAUACGAAUUUGUAUGAUUGCAGGAUGUCGGCCUGACAAAACAGCAGCAUAUAUUAUUGCUAACAUUUCUUAGGCACCAACAUAUCCCGCAGUACAUUACAAUUAUAGAGGGGGGUGUUAAAAAUUCCCUGCUCAAAUGAGCUGACAAUCUGAGGUAGGCAGAUAAAUAUAUCAUUAGGUGAUGUGGUCUCACUGUGGUCUCACUGGAGACAGAGACCUGACCACUACUCUAACCAUUUCCAAACCAUCGGGCAUGAAAAGCAGUCAAAUGAACUUUUGGGUUCUGAGUAGUUUCUGCAUGAAAGAAUAACCAAAGUUAAAGUUUGACAGUUGCCAACAAUCUAUAAAGAUGAGAUGUAGAAAAUUUGCUGGCAAUGAGACUAUAGAAUUUUACACUCCUGUUUCCUAGUGUCUUCAAUAAAACAUCGUAAUACGCAUGAGACCACGCACCGAGAAGAAAACAUCUGAUUGGCCAAGGAGCCUUUCAAAAUGCUAAAACAAAAAAAAUGCAUAUCCUCAUAUAUAAGGAAUAAAGAAACAUCUGUUUGAAUCAGAAGAGAUGAAUUAUCAUCUGCUGUGUUCAUGUUUCUUUGUCUUUUCUCAGUUUACAACCGGUGGGGUUGUAUGUAGUGAUUUACACGGCCAAGCUGGAGAAUUGACAUAUCGAGAUAGAAGAAAUGUGCACGAGGGCAUAAAAUAUCUCUACAGCCAUCAUAAAAUAUUAAUUCUCAUGUCUCAUCCGUGAGACCACUCAAUAACGGAAUAGCUGACUCAGCCUGGCAGAGACAAUGAUCAUUUGACAGGUGUAAAAACAAUUUGACUUAGAGCGGUGACUCACGGAGAGAGCUGCAGAAUUACAGAUUUGGCAUUUUUCCCACUCAAGCUCAUAUCAACCUCGGAGUUGAAAGAAAGCAGUAAAAAGUUCUAAUGACCCCGAGGAGCCAGGAUUGAUUUGUUGCAGCCUUGUCACACUAUGUAUGCAUUGGCAUCCUGACAAAUGUUUAUGAUGUUAAAAACUAUCAAAGACCAUAAAAAUCCAUCAAGGCUUUAGUCUGAGUGUACUACUACAGACACACUUGUCCAUACAUCUCUUUGCCCUAUGCCAAGUUCAGUAUGAGUCUGGGAAUGAUGUCAUGUUGCCUUCACCCUUCUGACAAGGUUACAAGGUAAGUUGAAUUUUAGUUUAGUUUCCACUAAGGCAGGGUCAUCAAACUCCCUAGAUUGUAUUAUACUACAAUAAUAAUAAUCCCCAAGGUUUGUGAAUAUAAUACAGGGCAAUGGAAUCUAAGGUGUUGUAGUCGAGCAAUUUAAAGUACUAUAAUCACUACAGUGCAUGGUGUCAGUGUCCUUGCACCCCAACUUUCAAUUAUUAGUUGUCAAGCCAUUUUAGAAAGGUUUGACUUCUUACCUGAAGUCGCAGCCCACAGCUUCCACCACUUCAAUCAGAUAGCCAGAAGCUCUCUGUCUCUGCUAGGCUAUGUGGUAUCUGAUUGGCUGAGAGCAAUCAGCACAAUCUAGUGGUUACGGUGCUUGGAGUGCCCUUUUAAGAAUCUUGCACUAAAGCAUUUAUUCACUAAAGAAUACGAUAUGGCAAGAUAAUCUUCUAGAAAAUAAUCUAAUCUUAGAAAAGAUAGGUCUAAAUAGAAGAUAUGGAAGCAAAUCUCAAAAUUUCUCAAGUCAGUUGCCAAAUAUCUCCCACUGCCUUUUUAAACAAUAAAUAAGGAAACAAAAAUAAGACCCAACGUAUGUUUUAAGUAGUGUAAAUUAUGCGCAUGCACCUUUCGCAACAUCAUAUAGUGUCCGAUUAACCCGCUGGGCAAAUAUACCAAACAAGUAAUGAAGUAAGAUAAAAAUGGCAAUCAGGUGCGUACUUCCAGAUGCAACAUCAUUAAGCAAACACAAAGUAAUUAAAAGACAGAGGGAGCGUAUAAUUAGGCACUGCAUGGUACAACGCCUAACUACACUGGUCUUAUCUCCCUCUCACAGUCUUAUCAGAUAUGUUGUUUUUUUUUAAGGUGCAGUAAAGGUUUUUUUUUUUGCUUUGAAUUUCAAUGUUUUUCCUAGUGCCACAUUAAAAAUCACGCUAAAAACGGAUUUCAUCAUAAUUAUUUUUAUCUCUUCCUAUUUACUUUUGCACUACGUAUAACUUGGACAACAUCUGCUCUCUAUUCCCAAUGCCUGGUAUUAAAGUCUUAGCAUUUGAUCAGUUUUGUUUUGUGCAAACCAAAUGUGAACAAGUCCACCCGAGAGCGUGAGAUCUCGUAGAAUUAUUUAAACUGAAGUAAAACCUUUUUAUGUGAAUAUGAUGAUGAUGCAUAUGAUAAUGUUGACUAAUUUAAAGCAGAUCUAUCACUUUCUGGGGUUUGUGCACAUUUUGCAAAGACUCGAAGCUGACAUAUCCGCUUAGGGUCCGGUCGCCACAGGGUGCAGUGGAAGGUUGGCAUUCUUACCUGAAGCUGACUCUCACAGUCACUGCCAUCUUUAGCUCCUGGAGCUUCACCUGUAAUGAGCCGUAUCAGUGCUGUACUCUUGUACACGUAUGAGAGCACAACUCUGAGACCUAAGCAGGAUCCUGUGAGAUCACAGGAGGUUCCAUAGAUCUUAUCUCAAAAUGAGCUAGAUGAUGCCUGAUUCCAAAAGCUGAGGAUGGCUCCUGGGAUUUAACAAAAGGUAAAAUAGAUGUCUCCUCAGGCUUGCACAUGAAACAAAGUAGUUCCUAUUUUCUCUUAUGGUGUUAGUUUACUAAACUCUGAAUUGUAGGGAUUUGAAAUCCAAAUGGCAAAAAUAGUGCAGCAGAGUUGGAGAAUAUAUCCAGGUAUUUCAAGUGUAAAGUUUGUCAAUCAGAUUUUAAUUUGCUACAAUUUGGAAUUAUGCUACUUACACUAAUCAGCCACAACAUUAAAACCACUGACAGGUGAAGUGAAUAACAUUGAUUAUAUCGUUACAAUGGCACCUGUCAAAGGGUGGGAUAUAUUAGGCAGCAAGUGAACAGUCAGUUCUUGAAUUUCAUGUGUUGGAAGCAGGAAAAAUGGGCAAACCAAAAGAUCUGAGUGACUUUGACAAUGGCCAAAUAGUGAUGGUUAAAUGACAGAAUCAGAGCAUCUCCAAAACGAGAAAUCUUGAGGCUGGUUCCCGGUAUGCACCGUGGUGUAUUUUGGUUUUGUGCUGCCAUAGGUAUGACUAAACCUGGGCAACCCCCUAAUCUAAAUUUGCCCCCCACCCCUUCCUGAUUAAGAACACACCCCUUCCUCUUUAGAGUCCACCAUUUCCUUCUCCUUGUAAAGGGAUACUAUAGUGCCAGGAAAGUUUUCCUGGCACUAUAGUUCCCUUUAGUGUCCCCCAACCUCCUGUUCCCUCCUCCCUCAACCCUCCCCCCACUCCCCCCCCACACGGCACUAAAGGGGUUAAAACUCCUUCAGUCACUUACCUGAAUCCAGCGCCGAUGUCAUGUCAGCACUGGGUCAAGCUCCUCCUCUGUGCUUACAUUAGGCUUCCUCAUAGGAAAGUAUUGUAUCAAUUCUUUCUUAUGGGGAUUUAGCAGACACUGGAUGUCCUCAUGCACAGCGUGAGGAUGUCCAGCAUCAGUUACGCAACUUUUAGUCGCCUAACCACCCGGAAGGAGUUCACCCCUCAAGGUAAUUAUUCGGCUGAAGUGGUCUGGGUGCCUAUAGUGUCCCUUUAAACACACACUCUGACAGGCACACACACAUUUACUGACAGUCACACACUGGCAGAUACACACUGACAGUCACACACACACACACUCAAUGGCAAACACACAGAUGUCACUGACAGACACAGACUCGCUGAUUUGACACACACAUAUUCCCCAAUAGACUCACACUGGCAGAUAUGCACUGACUGUCACACACACUUAAUGACAAACAUACAUCCCUGACAGACACAGACUCACUGAUCUGACACACACUCAUUCAUUAACAGACAAACACACGCACACUGACAGACACUCAUUGAAAGACACACACUGACAGUCAUACGCAGACUCAAUGACAAACAGACUCUAGUUGAUUUGACAGACACUCACAAACACACACACACACUCACAUGCACACACACUCACAGAAAGACACACAUACACUCACAGUCACACACACUCAUACAUACACAAAGACACACUCAUAGAUUCACAGUCAAAUACACUCAUACACUCACAGACACACACACUAAUUAUUAAUAUUAUUAUAAUACUUUUAAAAUUUUCACCCAGCCUUCCUACCUGUCCAGUGGGGCUGCUGUGAGAGCUGUGCGUGCGGCUGUGUUAAAAUCAAAGGCGGCGAGGGAGCUGGCACAGUUCCCUCGCCGCCUUUGAUUCUAACAAAGCCAUAUGCAGGCUGGCCACCUUAUGGACCCCUUCAUGACAGGGGGAAACAUCGGAGACAGGUUGAUGGCUGGGUGCGUGUGUGUCGUUUACCUGGAGAAGAGAUGACACCAGCAUGCACUGUGGGAAACAGGCAGGCUGGUGGAAGCAAUGUUAUACUAUAGGCAAUGUUCUGCUGGGAAACCUUUAGUCUUUAGGAGUGUCAGGGGGGACACUAGGUCCCUACCCCUUUAUUAUUAACUUGAGGGUCCCCACCCAUCGACCAUGGGUGGGGGCCAGGGGAAUCACUAGUUUCUCCCUCUAUAUUUUUAAUAUUAGGGCCUCCACUCGUCACCAAUGGGUCUUCCCCUUUUAAUAUUAGAGUAGCCCUAUCUGAUGCCCGGUUGCUAAUUUUAAAUGUUUAGCAGAUGUAGGACUUUAUUUAUUUAAAUGUUUUUUUUUUUUACUCUUUCGUAUGACAAAUGGUUAGAAAAUAUUGGAUGUAAAAUACUGAUGCCUAUGCUCAGCUAUUCAUAAGCUUGAUUAUUAUUAAUCCAUACACAUAUAGUGUGACAUUGUAGUUGAAAUCCAACUAGAUCCUUCAGUGUGGACCCUAGGAAUAUUAGAUAUCAAACACCAAUAUAUUUUGUUCAGUAAUUCGUGGCUGUUCCAGACAACACCUAGUUUAAUGAAUAACCCUGUUUAUGUACUAAAUACAUUCUGAGAUAGACAAACAUGAGUUGAACGCUUUGUAAAAUGUCACAUAUUUUCUGAAUAUUGCUGCUUUGCUUUUAAUCAGGACUUGUACGUAUUUUGGUGAUUUAGAACACAUUUGAGAGCAAAUAUCUCCAAGAUCUCAUAACCUCAAACAUUUGCAGGUAGUUUAGAUAUUGUUUCACACGGAACCCUCUUAAACAUAGUCCUAUCUAAGAGAAGCCGGGAAAGGGAAGCAAAUAUAGCAUAUAUACCUUUUUUCGUUAGUCGAACAAUGUCAUAAAAAAUAAAAUAUGUGUUUGUAAUGCCUAUUUGCUCCACAUGAUGGCACCUUGAGUUUGGUAAUUGUAUUCACAUUUAAGGUAUCACGCAAACAGUGUGGAUACACUAGGAUACAGACCAAUCAUAUUCAUCCAGAGACAAGCAACUACCUGCAGUAGAUUAGUAACUGUAGCAGCAGUGCCGUCCUCAGAUUCCUGUGCUGGGAAGUUUCUAAUGAAGAUGUUACAUAGCACAAAUCACUAAGCUAAUUUUAACCUGGAGAAUGGGUCAUCAACGGGGUUCAAAACACAUAAUUUGGGUCAGGAAAGGUUCCGAACCACUGGUUAAGCUCAUUGUAAUGUUUAUGUAUUAACCAUUCAACUGGAGAUGAACAUAUUCACUAUAGAGUUUAUUUUCAUUCUUUAAGGAAUGGUCCUUUGUUCAGUGGUCCUUUGUUCAGUGGAAGUAUAAAAAUGUAAUAUGUUUUUGUCAGUAAGUUAUAGUACGCCUAAUAAAUUAAAUAACUAUUACGUUAUUUUAUUAACGUCAAUAAUUAAUAGCUUAUGGGCUCACGCCUGUCCUUGCUUGGAAUGGAUUCACAGGCCAAAUCCAGUUUAUAUUUUUGGUGUGAAUUUUUAGUAGAGCGUUCAUGGGGAUUUUCAUUUUAUUCAAAUUUGGAAAAUAAAUUCCUUGCGUGUAUUUCUACACAGAAUGGAAUGCUAAUGGUCUUUUAAUAAACAUAGUUUAGAGAUUUACUUACUAACUAAAAGUUGAAUGUAUGGGCAACAAUUUGUCAAAAAAAAUUUGCAAGUGUUUUUUUUAUUUCAGUUAGGUCGAAUUUUAGUGCAUUUACAAGUACCAGAACUGAAGAAAUAAAAUAAAUAAAUACAUUACAGUGAAUGUAAAAAUAAUAAAUAAAUAGCCAUUCAAUACACUUUAGAUAGACAGACAGACAGCUAGAUAGAUGGAUAGAUUCAAAAUAAGUUUUUUUGCCACAUCUGCACACAGUAAUCUAGCAAUGGCCAUAAUAUAAAAUCUAAUUGAUAUUUAUUAUCAGAAAAGGUUGGCAGAAGUUGAAUAUUGAUUUAUUAAUUAAUUUAUUUAUUUAUUUAUUGGCAUUUUUUUCUUUUAUCGUGGCAAUCUGGUAUACGAUACAGAAAAAAAGAAGUAAAGGUUAUAAUGCAUAAGUACAUCCCAAGAACAUCACGUGCGAGUCUGCAAAACCCCUAAGUUUAACAGCCUCUUUUUAUUUUAUUAAUAGUGAAAAUAAUAAAAACAGGAGGGAGCUAAUUAACUAGCUAAACCAUCAAUCUGGAAUAUAAAAUAUACCCAUACGCUAAACUUCACCGACAUAUAGGAUACUUUGAUGGAAUGCAAAGCUGUGUCACCUUAGAUGCUGAUAACCAUGUCAGUAUGUCUAAGAUCGUCAAGACCUAUCGGUAGGUAAGUUAAACAGUGGAAUAAGGCUGGUCUUGCUAACCAUAAGUGUAAUGGGUAGGAGGUAGUACAGGUUCAGUCUUUUGGAUCAACAGCAAAAAACAAAUGUGAGGAAGGCUGGACUUGAUGGACACAAGUCUCUUUUCAGCUAUGUAACUAUGUAGGUUAACCACUUGAAACAUACUGUGGGGGCAGUAUUGGUUUAUUUUUUUAAUUAAAAAAAUGCUUAAAAAUGUUGACAGUUUACUUACUUCUUUUCACUUUUUUUCUUUAUUUUAUUUUUUUUUUUUUAUUCUGCUGGAGGGCUGUUUUGCAUUCUCAGUAAAAUACCUUUGCUAUUUUUUGUUGUAUAUUCAAAUAUGAAGAAAAUAAUCCUGUUAAUUAAAGCCUCGCGCUACCUGUGGCUACAUAAAAGCUGGUUGUCGAAAAAGAUUUGCACAAUUUAUUUCUGAGAGAAAAUUAUCUUCAUAACUUGUUAAAGAUCUUUCCUUUGUGAAUUAUUUUCUGCCUCCAUUCCAGUGAAAAUAAACUCUGCUGGAUCUUCCAGGACUGUUUUACAAUAAAUAGAAAGAGCCACAUUACUAUAGGUGACCUCUUCAUUGGAGUUUUCAGCCAUUAAAGUGGACCUGGUAGUGUUUCAACCAUUGGUGGGCUUUGAUGAGAGCUUUGAUAGGUCAAGGUUUCACAAGGAAUCUGUGGCUCUGUCAGCUGUCCACUUUCAGCCUAUCCCAGCCACCCAUCACUGGUAUAAAUUGAUAUGGCUUAGAAAGAAUAUAGUCUCUGCCUCAGCCAUAAUUCCAGUGGAGAAUUGACUGUGAGCUGCCAAGGACCAAUCCGUGUUAAACCAUUAAAAAUACUGGGUCAGCACCCAGGUAUUCCGCGCACUACAACCACUUCAUAGUGAUGAAAUUAUUGUCGUGAAUCGCAGGGCUGGGCAAAUAGUAGAUCCCUAGAUGUUGUAGAACUGGGCUGCCCUGAUGACCCCAGAGUAGAAUGUCCCUUUAAACUUUGUGUUACAAUUUGUUUUGACAUUCUUUACCAUGUUAAUGAAUUGCUUUCACUUAACAACUUUGUUAGUUACAGCACAUUUUGUGUUUUCCCCCACAGACAGCAGGUUUUCAGGAAAUUCUCACUGAAACUGAAAUAUUGGCUUUGAUUGUGGGAUGUCUUUGUCAUGACCUUGAUCACAGGGGAACCAACAACGCCUUCCAGGCCAAGUAAGUGUCUGCAUUAUCAACAAUAAAGGUUGGGGGUUUAUGUUUUUAUUUUUAAUUUUUUUUGCUAUUAAUACUGUGCAGAAAGUGUAAGAUCUACACAGAAAUACAAACAGGGAUAUUUAUCAAAGUGUUUAGAAAAAUGAUGGUUAAAUUCUAUUAUUAUUUCAUUGCAUUUAAUAAAGUGUUCUAAAAGUCAUCUAAAAAGUUACAGUUUUUCUAUGGUAAAUUCUACAAGUUUUCACAGAAACCUCCAUUUCGGAAGAUUGACAACUUUAAAGUGGCAUAACAAAAGACAGUGCUUUGUAGUGAUGUCCAGAACGGUUCGCCGAACGUUUAGCCACGAACGGUUCGCCACGGACUCAUCAUUGAGUAAACUUUGACCCUGUACCUCACAGUCAGCAGACACAUUCCAGCCAAUCAGCAGCAGACUCUCCCUCCCAGACCCUCCCACCUCCUGGACAGCAUCCAUUUUACAUUCAUUGUGAAACUGCAUUCUUAGUGAGCUGUCCAGGAGGUGGGAGGGUCUGGGAGGGAGGGUCUGCUGCUGAUUGGCUGGAAUGUGUCUGCUGACUGUGAGGUACAGGGUCAAAGUUUACUCAAUGAUGAGUCCGUGGCGAACCGUUCGGCGAACCGUUUGGGACAUCACUAGUGCUUUGCUGUCAGAAACAUUGGUGGAAAAUUGAUUAAUCUGUUGCACCACUAACAAAAAUGAUGUCUAUUUAAAAAUUAUAGUUAGGACACAGAAGCAUCAAAAAUGAUAACCCAUCAGAUAGCAAUUAGCUGACACUCACACUCACUGAAUGAGCACCAAGAUUGACAUGUGAUGCGGCUUCUGCAGCUCUGCAUAAUCCAGAUGUUAUUAGCCAGCCAGCAAUGGAGACCCAGCGUCUCGGUAAGAGUGCAAACCAUUGCAAAGUGGUUUGUCCCAUUACAGAGGAACAGCUCCACUCCUUCCACCAUAACCACUGCAACCAGAAAAUAAAUCAUGCCAAAAAAUCACUAAAAAUGAUUUGCUAAAGUGUCACUGACACUGUUUAUAAAGAUAUAUAGUUUGACUCUAGAACCUUUAAUUUAUCUUUACUCAACCAAAUGAUACAGCGAUGCAGUGGCCCAUUUCACACAAUGUUCAACUCAACAUUAUAUACCUUGUAACGCAUUUAGCCUUAUUUGAGGCAAUGGACAAAAAUAUCUACGAACUGUUUGUUCAUUUCUCAAACCCCUGAAAUGUAUGUCCUUAUUGUAAGAAAUGUAUAACAUUCUUCCGUAGUUUGCCUUUCCACUUAGUGAUUAUAGAUGGUGGGUAGAAAGUACUUUCUUGGCUAGAUGAAAAUCUUCUGUGGAUAAUAGAUUAGAAAAGUUAACUGCGAUGGACGAAAACAUACAGAAAUUUAAAAAUGUUUGUCUCUCUUUCUCUAUAACAAGUGGGAUAUCCUCUAAGUGUUGCUAGUUGGAAGACAAAGUGAAUUCAAAGUAAAUUAAACAUUUUUAGGCCAAAAUAGAUUGAUUCAAAAACUUCUGCAAGUUAGGUUGGUGUUCAAUUCAGCUGUUUUUGGUGAAAAUUUGAAAUUUACUUUGUACGUUCUGAAUUUGCAGUAUUUUACACUUUAGUGUAUAGCCCUUUGAUAAUUUUGUCUCUGCAUGGUAUUUUAUAUAUCAUAUAUCUGCAGUCGGAGCUGGAUUAAAUUUUAUGCAGUUUAUUCAGGCUCCUUUGGGGGGGCUUCAUUCUUGCUCACAGAAGGUAGAAUGGGAAACUGCAUUACAGAGUACGGAGUGCUACAAAUCGACCAGAACCACUAGAGGGCACAAGUCAGCCAUCUUUCAAAUGUUCUAUGGAAUUUUCAGUUAGGUUCCUUGCCUAUUCAGCAAUUCCAAGUUUAGUGAAUAAAUCCCAGUAUGUUUUUGUUUAUAUAUAUAAAGGUGUGUUUCUAUUAUCUUUGAAAAUAUCUUAAACAAUCUAUUUAGCAAUUGUUGUAGCAGAGCUAUUGUAAUUAACUUAUCCAGGUCUCUAGUAAUCUGACCUGUAGACACAAGAAAGGGUAGCUGGGAAAUUAUAAGAAUAUCAUAAACGACUACAAAAUGACGUAAAAUUUAGUUUUUAAUAUAAAAUCGUUAUUAGUAAAAGUAAAGGAUAUAGUUUGCCCAAAUCUGCCUUUGAUAUGAGAAUUCUCACACAUUCUCAUCACAGAUAGGAUUAUUCACUAAAGUUAAAAUUUAAGGUCAAUAUUGCCAAAAUAUAAAAAUUCUCUACAUAAUCUAUACUUUCAGUUCAGGUAAUCUGGCCUUAAAUUUAAAACUCACUUUGAAUUCUCACUUAAGUAAAUAAUACUGCAUCCAAAUCGCCAUGAAUUCAAAGUGAAUUUCAAAAAGUAGCCAAAAUGAAAACAUACCAGACAAGGCUAUUUUGGCAUUAAAUUUGAAAUUGGAAUUCCUGAUAACACACACGUUAUCAAAUAACCCUGAUGUCUCUACACAGGGCAACUUAAUCCAAUUAUUAAGGAGAAAUACCCACAGUAAUAAUUUCUGAAGACCUUUAGACCUCUCUGUCUUAAGUGUAAAAGACACUGAAUUAAAUUGAUAAAUAGACUGUAAGCUCGUUUGAGCAGGGUCCUCUUCAACCUAUCGUUCCUGUAACUUUUCUUGUAAUUGUCCUAUUGAUAGUUAAAUUCCACCCCUCUUAUAAUAUUGUAAAGCGCUACAGAAUAUGAUGGCGCUAUAUAAAUGGCGAUAAUAAUAAUAAUAAAUGAGUUUUUCUUGACGUGAGCUUCUCAGAUUCUUUUUUUCACUUAAAAUAAGUCCAUGGAGGAAGACGGUCCAAUAUAUAUGAUAAUAUAUUAUUACAUUACAAUAAUUAUCUAAAAUACAAUGCAUUGCAAUACAAUUAUUACAUUAUCAAUAAUAUCUAAAAUACAAUGCAAAUAGACACACAAAGUGACUUUUACAUUGUUUUUGAAGCACUGUUUACUGGGUUUGAUUGCAGCUACACUAGUCCCCUAUCUAACCAAAAAAAGAGGAUCUUAUCCUAUCAACCUCCGUCCAGCUGGGAUUUAUGGAAUAUAUAUUUUACCCUCCAAUAGCAGUUUAAUUUAUUACAUGUGAUGAAUGGAACUCCUCUAUAAAUUGGUAGCAGCUUCAAAUGCUGAACUGUGCAUGAUGAAUUUCAAAUCUCAUCAUCUUGGAACAUAAUUAAGCUUACAAUCUUAGAUUGCAGUGACCAUAGUCUAAGGAAGCUGAAGUGGUUUUGGCUCUUACCAUGACCCUUUAAGAAUUUGUUAAACAUUUACCAUUCACAGCUGAUGAUUUCAAAAAAGGAAGGAGCAUUCAUAGCAGUUUUUUUCAUAUAAAAACAAAAUCUAGUUAUCUACUUCAGUGUCAUUAAGUAUUCAAAUUAAUUACAACAUUGAUAACAGGACACAAUUUCAAAAUAUAACAAUCAAUUCACUAAAAGGUGCUUUGCUGUGAAUUCAAAAUGAGUUCAAAGUGAGUUUUUAGUUUUUGGUCAAAAUAGCGAAAUUGGGGGGAAAGUCACAAAAAGUCUGGUAUGUUUUCAGUUCAGCUUUUUAAACCUAACAUUUUUAAUUUGCUUUAAAUUCCGAUAGUUUACACUUUGGUGAAUAAUCCUUAAAAUCUCGUUUUGGACACAAGAUGGCGGCCAUGAUAGCUGACCUCGAAAACAGCCCUGCUUUGACACAGGUGUAAUAGUCACACAUGUAAAAAAGCAGGGUUAUCUUUAAAACCUCUCAUGGUCAUACCCUACUGGCUCGAGCUGUUUGUAUUGUAAGUGUUCUUAAACCCCAAAUGUUUGUGUGUUCUUGUGCUCCAGACUGACUUCUUCAAAUGGUGCUUCUCAUUAAAUAGUACCCUUUACAAAAACUUUUUAGGGAGGGAGGGAAAAAUAUUGGAGUCAGUGUAUGUAAGCAAACCGGUUUUGCCAACCAAAUUACAAAGUAACAUUUUCUCUCACCUUUCUAAUGGUGAACCUGGACCAUUUCAUAUAUUUUUCCAUGCUUGGCCUUUUUUUUUCAGUUCUCUUUCCCGUAUUGCAGAUGCUUUGGUGAUUAAAUAUCAGGACGAUGCAGCUUUGCAGGUCGCAUUCCCGGGAGCAUUGCUCUUUUCAUUUCCAGCAUAAUCUCUUACGCUCAUUUUCUGGGAGAUGAAAGCCCAUCUUGUCACCAUAGGCUGGGAUCCAGAAGUGGAAUAGCAGGAUACAUAAAUCUCUUGUGACAGUCCAAUCCUGUUCUCCUCCCAUUCACAACAAUUCUCAAUUUCAUAAUUGCGUUCAAUAGUUCUUCUGGUGGGAGACAUUAACCAUUGGUGUUAUCCUUCUUUAGUUGUAUCUGUCCUCUGACUUAUGGUAGUGUGCUGCUCUGUAAUAAGAGGUUAAGUAUGGUAUAAUGCUACACACUUUAAUUACUCACUGUUCUGGCACACGGAAGGUUAAUGGCAAACCUUACCAAAAUAUGACAAAUGAUGCUCUAUUACACGCUCCUACAAAGGGGUCUAACCAUUCCCUCUGCACUUAACCUUUUUUUUCUACGCUGCCAUUGUCUUUAUAAUUCAGUCCUCAGACUCAAACGCAUUGCACAAUACAUUUUGAGAAAAUGUAAAGAAAAAUAUAUUAACGUAUCCAAAAGGAAGGCUUUCUUUAAGUUUAGAAUUUAUCUAAAACCAAACUCUGCAGACAACACAUUUUUAUUAUUAUUCAGAACAAACUGCUAUUCCAUACAAUAUAUACACAAUGGAAAAAAAUGUUUUUAAUAAAUAUUAAUAACACAUAAAUGGAACCAGGGUCAAGUAAUUGUAAUACCAUUCUAUUUUGUCUUUUGUAAAUGCACUAGAUGUGCUCCAGUGAGAUUGAUGGUAGGUAAAUUAAAUAAUUACCUUCUUUAACUAUAACACGUUACCACAUAAAAAAAACAAUACAUUACUAAUAAUCAGCUUUAACAUAGCCCUAGGGUGGGUUAAUGUGUUGCGAUUUUCGCUAGUUCCACGAAGGUAGAACCCAUACUACUUCAUACCAUUAGAGGUUUCGGUGAAUACAAGUAUGAGAGUCUUGUUGUUACAGGUAGUAGAAGUAGAACAUAGAGCAGGAUUGAAUAGCAAAUGUGAGUUCCAUCCUCUUCUUAAGAGGCAUGAUUUAGAAUAUGUUUAACUAGAUCUACCUUGGAUACAGUCGAAUGUUAAGCCACUAGACUUCAAGCGGGGUCAGAGUCACGUCAGAGUCAGAUGUCUGAGGUAGGCCAAAGUCAGACUCCAGUCUAAGCAAUAGCAAGGCAGGUCUGUAUCAAAAGCUGUUCUCUAGAUGACUUGUUAUGUCACACAAGUGUUGCGUGUUUCCAAUCACAGGUCAGAUACUGAUACAUAUAAAGGGUAUGGUGGGGGUUUCCUGGCAACAUGGUAAAAUAACAUGUUAAGCCAAUAGUGGCCAGCUUUCAUCUUCAAGGGACACUGUAGGCACCCAGACCACUUCAGCUAAUAAAGUGGUCUGGGUGCAGUAUUCCUUUUGCACUUAGUGUUGCAAUGUUAAACAUUGCAGUUCCAGAGAACUAAGCACUAAGUCUGUCCACAGCCACUAAAGGGCUUCCUGAAUCGAAACGGACCUUUGGUCCAGUAUCUGACAGAUUUUUCCCCAUUAGGAAAGCAUUGAUUCAAUGCUUUCCUAUGGGGAGGUCUAAUGUGCGUGCGGCACUUGCAGCGCAUGCGCAUUAGCACCCGCUCGUCACGGGACGUUGGAGGGGGCGGAGCAUCACCCCGCUGCCGAGGGACAUCAGCACUAGGAUCAGUUAAGUAAAUAAAGUUUUUUUUACCCUUUAUUCAGAUGGGCAGUGGGGCGUGAAGGAGGCACGGGGAGCGAUAGUGCCAGGAAUACAGCUUUGUAUUCCUGGCACCAUAGUAUCCCUUUAAAGCAGUAAGGUAAUGUUAUAUCUUCUAAUUAUCUUGUGGUUUUUCAAUGUGUCUGGCUUACUAUCUAGCAAGGCAAAUGAUUAAGAACCUAAAGUGCUAAAUAAUUUACACAAUCUUUCCUCUUUAAAUUGCUGCCAAAAUGUCUACAGUGUUUCACCCCCCUCCCCCCCACUCCCCCCUUAAUAUUUGCAAUGUUGGCUAUAGCCCUGGUUUUAUGUAGAAGAACAUAUUCUUUAAAUUCUCUAUUUGCAUUUUGUUUUAGAAUGGUGGCUCUUUGACAUGGGUCACUCUGACAUGUUAUCAUUAUACAGUCAACAGGGACAUAUAACAAAAGAAGAGAUAAAUCACGCUCCGUGCAGUGACAAGACGUUAGAACAAUGUCAGAGAAAGAAUGACCACAACCACUGAGUAAUCUUCUUGGCAGAGACUACCUGACACUUUGAGGGUUGUGGUUUUGCUCAGUGUAUAAAACAUAGACACAUUGUUGGAGGAACGUGGAAAGUUUAAUUGUGCUAUAAAUGUCCUGUAAGCAGAUAGUGGAUACUGAUGUGCUAGAAGGGACAUAUUCACUAAAAUGACUUUCUGUUUUCAGUCUAUAGUAGAAAGGUAAAUGCCCAGAUGCGUAUUUAGUUGUCGGAGUCUACCUUUUGGUCAAGCAUAGUCUAUCUGACAGAAACCCACAUCCCACUGCUUAGUGAAAAUGCACAGAUAUUUAGGACAGUAAAGUAGUUCUACCCCAUUUAUAACACCAGUUAUGCCAACUGGUGACAACCAAAAAAGUACAUUAUUUUUUAGAGCAGAGAUAUAGAAUGUUGCUGUCUUCUUAACUGCAUUGUACUCAAUGCAGAGUAAUUCACCAAAGUGAGAAUUCAAAGUGAAUUCAAAUGGAAUUAAUAAUUUAAGGUCAAAAUAGCUAAAGUGAAAAAAUGGUCUAAGUCAGCCAUGCUUCACUUUGGCUACUCUGGCCUUAACAUUGAAAUUUACUUUAAAGUCACAAUGAAUUCUCCCUUUAGUAAAUAACCAUGAGUAGUCUGUGAAUUGUGGCAUCCAUAAUGAAGGAUCCAUGAUGAGGGAUCUAUGAUGAGGGAUACAUGAUGAGAUGGCACCAUUAGCCAAUCCUUCAAGGACUCCUUAUCAUUUGUUAUUAUUUUGAGACACGUUUUGUCUCACUUGAGGCCUUGAUAGUGUGGUCAAGGCUACUGUUCAGUGGCCACCUGUAAUGUUGCUUCAGUAUUAAGAAUAGCCUGGGAGACUCUGCAGAAUUGGUGGACAUCUAACCCAUCAUUCCAAUGUCAACAAUAGAUAAUAAGAAUGAAAUGAAAUAAAAAAAAAAUAUAUAUAUGAAGAGAUAAUUCACACUUAAAAUAAAAACUAUCACUUAUUAAUUUCAAAUGCUAAUGUUGCAAACAGUAUAAAAAAAUACCAAUAUACAAGCACCAUUAAGGCACCCCAUAAACAUACAGUCAAAGAGUUAAAAUCUGUUCAAGACACAAGGAAAUGUGGUCAGUGGUACAAUGAACAGUAACAGUAUGGUAUACAGAUCUACUCUUUUGAUUUCCAAUGGAUUUGUACAAUUGUAAAUAUGCAAAAUUGCUGUUCCUAGAAUUCUCAGUCCCAGGGAGAAAAACCCAAUUCAAUAAAUUAGAAAAAGGCAAAAAAAAAACAAUAAAAAAAAAAUCUUUUGGUUCAAUAUUUACAAUUUUGCAAAUGUGAUUUUGAUUUCACAAAACUGUAUACUAUAUUGUAACUUGGACAGAUUGUAUCUGUUUGACUUCAUAUUUUUUUUUUUUUUUGGGUGCCUUAAUGGCUCAGGUAAAUUGCCAGUUUUGAAUACAAUAUUAAAUUUUUGAGUGCAGAUUCACUCUCACUAUUUGUUUUUGAGUUUUCCUUGGAUGGUCCUUGUAAAUCCAAACUUACCUGAAUCCAGCACGUAUUUUAAAAAAAAACUUUCUAUGGACUGUUUGGUAUAGUGUAGAAAUUAUUAUUAUGAAAUGAAAAUCACAUGAAUGAUAAUGAAAAAAGAACUGGUGGCAAACACAUUGUAUUUAUUAUAUUAUUAGCAACUAUAUGAAUAUUGACAACAAUCACAUCAAAAAUACAUUGUUUUCUUAGGUCUAGUCUUAGAGUUGUCUCUCCGUACUUACCGCCUCCUCCUGAAUGUUUGCAAUGGGUUCCAAGUCAAAUCUUAAAGGGACACUAUAGGCACACAGACCAUUGCAGCUAACUGAAGUGGUCUGGGUACAGUGUCACUAUUGCACUUAUUGUUGCAAUGUUAAAGAUUGCAGUUCCAGAGAAAAUAUAAUGUUUACAUUGCAGCACUAAGCCUGCAUCUAGUGCCUGUCUACCAGACAGCCACUGGAUGUGCUUCCUGCAUCCAAACGGAACUUUGGUCCGGUAUCUGACGCUGGAUGAGGACUUUGCAUGAGGACAUCCAGCGUCAGAGUUUUUCCCCACAGGAAAGCAUUGAUUCAAUGCUUUCCUAUAUGGAGGCCUAAAGCGCACGCUGCAAAUUAGCGCCCGCUCAUCUUGGGAUGGAGGAGAAGGCAGAGCCGCGACCCAGCGCUGAGGGACAUCGGCGCUGGCAUCGGGUAAGUGAAUAAAGGGUUUUUAACUCUUUAUUUACCACAGUAGGGGGUUUGAAGGAGGGGGGGAGGCAGAGUGAGCUAUAGUGCCAAAAAUACAGCUUUGUAUUCCUGGAACUUAUAGUAUGCCUUUAAUAAAAUAAAACUGAGGUUAUUAUAUAUAUCUGUUCAACGCGUUUUAGUCCCUUGUGAGCAAAUGUCCUCAGGGACAAAAAUUAAAUAAUUUAACUGGAUUUAGGUCUUUCCAGUGCAUGGGCACUGUUCAAUAUUACCCACUAUCUACAUACCAGGGGUUGGAAAAAUAGUUAGGAGUUGAUUGUUAAUGAGCUUCCAGUCCCCCACACAAGAGAUAGAAAAAGAAGGGGCGGAUAUUCAUCAAGCUUUGUGAGUCUCUAUCCGGAUGACCAUUUACCAUUUUCUGCGGACGGCCAUUGCCCAUUUUGGUGGAUCUCUGUGCAUUCCCCACUCUGUGUUAUCUGUGGUUGCUUUGUGUUAACAUGGCUCCCACAGGCAGCAGUGUGUUUAAUUGUAAUGCUGCAUUUCUGUGUUAUUAGUAAUGUGCACGUGCUUAGGAACUAAUUUAUUUCCCUUUCAAUGUAAUUACUUUUCCUUUGAUGUUGGUUCUAAUCAGCUUUAUUUGCUGCUGCCUGACAAAACCAUUGUUAGCAUGGGAGUAAUAGAAAAUUAAUGAUCGUCAGUUGUGAAAAGUUUACUGCAGAUUUUAUCACCAUAAGUUACAUGUAACCCUUGGCUUUGCAACUGAAUCUAUGUGUACUCACACUUUUACCAUAUAGGCUUAAUAUCAGAAUGCUAUAUACACAUAGCUGCAUUCUGAGAUUCCAACGUGUGCAUUGUAAGAGCAUGGCACAGUAGUACACACAUGUUAAAGACUAUAGAUGUGCUAGCAUUCAAAUUAUGAUAAUGCAUAAAUCAAACUUUAUUCUCCUCUACAAAUGUAUUUAUUUACUUAGGAAGUGUGACUUUGUUAGUUUUAAAAAAAAAAACUUAAAGGAGCUUAAAGGAACCUAUCUCCUUUUCCCUUGUGCCCCUCCCUGUCAUCAAAAUAAAGGGUUAAAACACCUUAUAACACUCACCUUAUUCCAGCCCUGAGGUCCCUCGGCGAGAAGUCAGCACUGAGGGGGAACCUAAUGCACAUGCACAACACAUUAGGUCUUCCCCAUAGGAAAGUAUUGAAUCAAUGCUUUCUUAUGGGGAAUUGAAGAUACUGGAUGUCCUCAUGUGCAGCGUGAGGACAUCCAAUGUUGUUUCACUGAGUUAAAUCCAUGAAACAGCAGGAAGCACCUCUAAUGGCUGUCUGGGAGACAGCCACUACAGGCCUUCUUAAUCCUGCAAUAUUAACAUUGCAAUGUCUCUAAAACUACAGUGUUUAGAUUACAGGGUUAAGGGGACAGGGACACUGCACCCAGAUCACUUCAAUGAAUUGAAGUGGUCUGGGUGCCUAAAGUGGCCCUUAAAGAAACUCCCUGAAAACCAGGUAUCCAUGUAAUAAAAUGGCCUAAACGGUUUAGUUCCAGGCUGGCAGAAACAUAGGGCUUCAUCUGGGGCCAAUCUUAAAGUCAGCAAAACAUCAUUACAGUAAAAGUUCUAUUAGGAAUUUACCAAUUGACAACCUUGGUGACUAUGCAAGGUCAUUGAGCACCUUCUCACUCAAUGUCACUGUUACAGCUCAUAGAAGCACACAUAUCAAGCAGAGUAGUGACACAUUGCAAGUUUUAAAGAAGUAGUACAAUGAUGGAUGACACUGCUGACACAAUUCUUUUUUUUUUUUCAGGAGUGGCUCAGCUUUGUCUCAACUCUACGGAACAUCUGCCACAUUGGAACAUCAUCACUUUAAUCAUGCUGUUAUGAUCCUACAGAGUGAGGUACGCAGUUCGUUCAGAAAUUCAUACAAGUUUCACAAUAAAAUAUGUCUAGUCCAGUUUUGAGCAGAAUGUGAAUCCUGAAGGAUUCUGGGAUUGGUAGCAGAAAACAGGAAAGCCGGUGGUGAAAUCUCCAGAGUAUUUGCACAUUAAGAAUUGAUAAUUUCAUUUUUUUAAUUCAUUUUAUUACUUUGUUACAAAAAUUACUUUUUAAAGUGAACCUGCCAUGACAGGUUUAGCUUUACAUAUAACAGCCCCUGACUAUAUUUCUUUUUUUAGGAGCUGUCAUAUGAAUACUCUCUUUAGCUUACCUGCAAUGCCAUGACAAAGGCAUCCCAGUCCCUCCUGCCCCCUGCCCCCACCUCAGGUGUGAUUGAUCCUACCUGGGAUCUUGUCCCAAGCACGGUUCUCCUCUCCCAUGAUGCUGGCAUUGCUGACCUCAUUGCCAGAGGCCAGAGCAUUGACAUUAGAAUGUAGUCAUUAUUAUUAUUAUUAUUAUUAUUAUUAUUAUCAUUUAUAUAGCGCCAACAGAUUCCGUAGCGCUUUACAAUAUUUUGAGAGGGGGGAUGUAACAAUAAAUAGGACAAUUACAAGAAAACUUACAGGAACAAUAGGUUGAAGAGGAUCCUGCUCAAACGAGCUUACAGACUAUAAGAGGUGGGGUAUUAGAAACAUUAGGACAGGAAGUUAGGUUGAAGAGGAUCCUGCUCAAACGAGCUUAAUUACAUCUAUCCUUUCAUUAGAUUACUCCUUUAGAUCAUAGCCAGUGAAGUAAUCACAGCAACUUGUACUCGAGAUGCUGUGAUGGAGAGGUUUUCUUGCCCUGUCUGGAUCUUUGUCUAUGUGUUAUUUAUAAAUGUUUAUGCUGGCAAUUAAUUUAACACAUGUUAGAGUGACCAUAUUUAUUUCUAAACAUCUAUACAUUUGGUAGCACUUUAGCUAGCACAAUGUACAGGUGAAUUUUUAUUACGUAUCAUUUUACAGAAGUUAGUCUGUAUCAUGACAGGUACACUUUAAACCUCCUUAUUGAAUUCAUUAAGAAUUUUAAGUUUAUACCUGCAUGAGUCUAAAUCAGUACUGCUGGUUCCCAACAUCCACUAACUGCCACUAUGUAUCCACAUAUCACUAUAUAACCACAUUCUAUAUCUCUGCAGUCGUGACAGCAGGUCACAUUCAGUGGCAUGUUUAUUAGUGUGCAGGAUUAAAUGUCAAGCUUGUAAAAAAAUGCACAGACACUUAUCAAAAUAAAGCCAGGACAGGUUUAAAAAGCUACUGUAAAAAAUGAAUUGGGUAAACUGUGCGAAUAAAAAAUAAAUCACAGUAAUUGUUAUUACAGUUUUUUUCUCUUACUCGCACAAUAGUAAAAGAUUAAUUCAAUAUAUCUAGCAAAGAAUAAAUGAAAAUGUAUAAAAAAAUAUAUAAUAAAUAGCCUGUAAUCAGAACACGUUAUCAUGUAUUUAAGGAGGUUCAUCGGCCAAGGUUCAUAAACUUCAAUUGUUAGUGUACUGACUGUGUUCAUUAUACCUGUGAAAGGAAUGUUUUACAUCAAUCUAUAUUUAUAUAAUAAAAGACAUGUAUUGUGGAUUAUAGAUCUAGCUAUGUAGAUGUCGUCCAUAGUUUUUUCUCUGAAGCUGUUAUAGAUUAAUUGGUGGUUUUAUAUCUUUAUAUUUGUUUUUUUAUAUAUCAGCAGCACAGUGCACAGUUCUCAAUAUGGGUUACUUAAUAAUAUGUGAUAAGACGUAUUAUUAGGGGGCAUUUCUGGAUGAAAGGCAGCGUAUUCACCAGUCUGGAUAGUGCACAGGAAAAAAAAAUGCUAAAACAGUAUCUAUUUUAUAUUUCUGACAUUUUUAACAAACAUUUGGAUUUCCUAAAUUAAUAAUAAUAAAUGGAUAAAAAAACAACCAAUAAUUUAUAUUGUGUUAGAGCAUGCCUCUGUAAGCCAUCGAAUUUUGGAGACCCCAGUUACAAAUUUGGAUGGCCAGGGGAUCAAUACCUAUGGUGAUACUGGGAUUUUUAACUAAGGCACCUUUGCUGGUCCAUGCUAUCAAUUAUUGAAAGCACAAUGGCUCUCAAUGCCUUUGCCACCAGUUUGAACAGGGAGGUGCAAGGCUACAAUGACCAUAACUAUUUGUGAACUUGCUCACAGUUGCUCCACUUGCAACCCCCAUAGUCAGGCUACUGUUUCUGUGCUAUUCACAGCUAUUUGUUCGAAUAUCAUUCUUUUAUCUGUGUACAAAUAUCCACUAGGUGGCACUCUCCUCUUUUAUCUACAAUGUUUUAUAUGCCAAUGUUGCUGUUAAACAUGUAAAAAAGCCCCAGGCAUCAUAAGAAACUUUAUGAACUGACAAAUCACCAGCUAUUAUUUGCACUGUUUAUGUUAUAAUAAAUAUAUACCAAUACAGUUAUAUCAUAAUAAUUAUUCAUAGUUAUAUAAUAAGAACUUAUAUUAGAAGAAAUAAUCCAUUUUCUUACCCCUCCCCCAAAAAUAGUCCCUUGUCAGAUUUUGAAAUGUGCUGAAAUCGUACGUUUCAUAUUACUUCAAUUUGUGUCUAUUUGUUUUGUGUUUUAUAUGUGAGAUAAUAUGUUACAUACUGGAUCCAUGGAGCUCAAGUUUAGCUUCUUAUCUAAUACUAGAAUGCAUAAAAAAGCAAAGUUAGAGGUGGCAGGUCUAGGAUUACAGAGAUAGACAGAAACGGGACGACAAGCGAGGUCAGGGAAACCAAACAGUUACAAAACCUGAAUCAGAUACCAAAAGGCAAUAUAACGAGGUACAAAGCAUUGAGUAUAUGAGUAACCACAACAAAGGAGACGGCAGGUCUGUUUCAAGAGUUUUUAUAGACAUCAGAGAAGCAUUUCUGGACAGUGCCAUUCCUAUACGUACAUACAUAUAUAAAUGACGAUGAUAAUAAUAAUAAUAAUAAUAUGCAUAACGCAUGGUUCUAUGGAAAAAAAAGACCACUAGGAAUUAAUGUCCGGUAUAUGGCAUGAUUCUAAACCGACAAAGUAUGCCACAUCGAGAGGCAAUAUGGCAGACAACACGAAAAAGUAAUCAAAACAAACAUAAAUUAAAAAAUGAACAUUAUCCUUCUAGUAUCGACAAUUAAAAUGAUAGAUUGUAGAUUAUAACCCGAAUGUAUUAAGACAAAACUGUAACAAUGCCAGGGUUGACUGCUAAAUGAAAUUAAACAUGUUCAUGGUGGUGAAUAAAUGGCUUGUCAUGUUUUCUCUGUAAUUAGCCCCAGAAUGACACUUCAUUUUUCCAUGACACAUAUGACACCCAAAGCCCAUCCCAUCAAAUUGAUUCAAGAGCUUUCACCUCCUUAUUAUCUUCCCACAUGCUUUUACAGAGAGAGAAUGCAUUAAGCUCUGAUAUCUUUCAAAGAGGACAACCCCUCACUGACAAUUUCACAAAAUAA